GCUUGAUAGUACCCAAAUUAUCUACGAAACAAGCUAAAACUUCGUUUCAAGUUGUAACAUACAUUUUUGGACUACCUGGCAAUCACAGGAUCUGUUUAUAAUGACCAAAAGUAUUCGAAGUAAAUCAAAAAGACGGUUUCGUGCGAUUAGACGUAGACGUAGCUUUAAGAAAAUCAAGGAUCAGUUGAUAAAAUCUACCAAGAAAAGUGAAGAAAAUCCAGUCUCUUCCGAACAGUUGGUUGACUCAACUUCAAAUCACAUGGAUAUUGUUCCCAAAAGCUUGCCAAAAAUACUGUGUAAUGAACAUGGAACCUACCCAGUUUGGCUAAGUAAAAAAGAACGCAAAAGACAAAUAAAAAUGAAAAGACAACAGAAAAAACGGUGUCGUCCUAAAAAAGUUCUUCUGAAAUCACAACUGUAUGUCAGCAGGUUUGCAAAUAGGAGUAAGGUUUCGCGUGUCAUUCACCGCUCUUUCAGGCCAAUACACCAUUAAUAAAGUGAGCUUAAAGAAGUAUAUUACUGUGGGGCAAAAACGGUUGACUAAAUAUAUAGUCAUCAAAAGGAAAGAGAUACAAAUCUCAAGACAACCAGAAUGAAUCAGU